AUGACUUAUUUUGACAAUAAAGAUAUUCAAGAACUUUCGAAAACAGUAGAAAAUGAUUCAUUAAACAAUGAUUAUUCUAAACCUGAAAAUGUAAACAAUGAAUCAGAUGUUUUAACUGAAAAAUUGUUUCAAUUAAUUGGUGGACCAUCUCCCGUAGCAAUUGUGAGACCUGCUCUAAAAACUAGAUCAAAAUUGAUGGAUCAAGGUGUUCAAUGGGAAUGUAAAGAAUUUAUUAAUAAUUCAAGGAAUGAUGGAUUAAAGUUAAAACAUUGGACAAAAGUCUCGAAUAUCGAAGAUCAGGAUCGAGAUUGGUCCAAGGAAGAAACUGAUUAUCUGUUUGAUAUGUGUAGAAAAUAUGAUCUUAGGUUUAUUAUUAUACAUGAUAGAUAUGAUUUUCCAAAUAAGAUUAGAACUAUUGAAGAUUUAAAAGAAAGAUACUACUCAGUAUGUAAAAAGAUUUUACAAAUAAGACCAACACAACCUGGUAACAAUCAACAAGACAAAGGUGCAAUUAUUGCAUUGAAUACUUAUGAUAAAGUAAAGGAAGAAAAAAGAAAAAAAAAUUUACGUCAUUUGUAUAACCGUUCUUCGAAACAAAUAGCGGAAGAAGAGUCAUUGUUAAAGGAAUAUGGACAUAUUGAACAAAUUGAAAAGAAAAUUAGAAAAGAGAGUGAAAGUUUGGCGAAAUUAUUAAGCCUUCGAGAAAUCAUUCAAAAUCCGCAAAAAAGAAAGAAAUCAUUUCAUAAUGCUCAUUCAAAAGUUGAAGCCAUAAUACCUAUACAUACACGGUGUGAAAAAUUCCCAAUAGGAGCAUCAGUUAGAAGUCAAAAAAUACCAGUUCCAAAACAAAACUUAUUAACAAAAGUACAAAAGACUUUCCAGGAAUGUGGAUUAGGGUAUCUUCCCACUGUACCAACUGAAAGUGUUUGUGGUAAAUGGACAGAAUUACAAAAAGCUAUUCAAAACUUGUUGGAUUUAAAAAAAAAUCUUGAAAAACAAGAAAAUGAAUUGAAGACAAAACAAGCAACCUUGCAAAAAGCAAAAUCGAGUAUCAUCGAUAGCUCUAACUUCAACAAUCCACUGUAA